AGUGAGGGGCAGAGUGAGGGGCAGAGUGAGGGGCAGAGUGAGGGGCAGAGUGAGGGGGCAGAGUGAGGGGCAGAGUGAGGGGCAGAGUGAGGGGCAGAGUGAGGGGCAGAGUGAGGGGCAGAGUGAGGGGCAGAGUGAGGGGCAGAGUGAGGGGCAGAGUGAGGGGCAGAGUGAGGGGCAGAGUGAGGGGCAGAGUGAGGGGCAGAGUGAGGGGCAGAGUGAGGGGCAGAGUGAGGGGCAGAGUGAGGGGCAGAGUGAGGGGCAGAGUGAGGGGCAGAGUGAGGGGCAGAGUGAGGGGCAGAGUGAGGGGCAGAGUGAGGGGCAGAGUGAGGGGCAGAGUGAGGGGCAGAGUGAGGGGCAGAGUGAGGGGCAGAGUGAGGGGCAGAGUGAGGGGCAGAGUGAGGGGCAGAGUGAGGGGGCAGAGUGA